CGAUAAACCCCACUAAAAAAAGGCUUUGCAACCUUCAACUCGUCCAACCGUUUGAUAUAGUAACGGAAACCGAAAAAAAUAUAAUAAGAAACAAGACACAAGCGCAAUGUCCAAGUCAAUCAGUUGAUAGGUUUUUGAUAGGAAUCCUUUUGACUAUCUUUAAAUCAACUUGAAUUUCUCAAUUCUACUAACUCAAACCUGAAGAUUCACCCUACACCCUAGGAAACUAUACCAGGUUAUGAAGUCGCAACACCAUCAACCAUGAAUGUCUCUCAGCCUAUACCGUCGGCUAUCGACAGUGUCGACUUUGAUUUUCUCACUCCCGCCGAAAUCAAGGCCAUUUCAGUCAAAAGGAUCGAGAACCCGACCACUUUCGACAGUCUUUUGAAUCCCAUCCCAGGUGGUCUGUACGAUCCUGCUCUCGGCGCUUGGGGAGACUCAGUAUGCACCACAUGCAAUCUCACCCAACCCAAUUGCCCGGGCCACGUUGGCCACAUCGAUCUUCCUGUUCCUGUUUAUCACCCGGUCUUUAUGGACCAGAUCUUGCGAUUGCUCCGUGCUCAAUGUCAGUAUUGCUUUCGCUUUCGUAUGCGACGGGCCGACCUUAGCCUUGUCGCAUGCAAGCUGCGUCUUCUCCAAUUCGGUCUAAUCGAUGCCGCAAACUACCUUGACGAAAUCACUGCCGAAACUACCGAUAUACAGGUAGAAGAUGAAGAUCUUUCUGAGGGCGAAGAAGUUUCGGCGCUUGACAAACUUGUUCGUCUGAGAGAGGCAUACACUCGUGCGACACUGAAGAAAUAUAGGUUAACGACUGCCGACAUUAGAAAAGGGAAGCAUGAAGGUGCGUCAGAAACGCGGAGGGAAGUACUCAAAAACUUCUUCAAGGACAUCACCAAGGGUAGGGCUUGCGCUACAUGCCAAGCCAUAUCUCCCAGCUUCAGAAAAGAUCGGUUUGUCAAGAUCUUCGAGAAACCGCUCAGCAAUAAAGAUCAGGCCAAGAUGGCGUUACGAAACUUCGAGCACAGGGAUGCCUUAACUAUCAGACGGAAGGCCAAAGUAACCGUAGCCAAGAAAGGUGGCUAUGAGACAGACGAGGGAAUAGCCGAUAUAGAUCCUCCAUCGAGCGAGGGUGAGAUCGAGCAGGAGAAUGAAGAGAGCGAAGAUGAGGAAGGGAGUGGUGAGGAGCUUGAUGAAAAUGGCGAUGUCGUCAUGUCAGAAGCCGGUGCCGUUUCAAAAGGCUCCAAGACGAAAAAGGACACAGAAGCCAAGUCCCAGCAACGCUAUGUAAACUCGAUGGAAGUUCAGGCUCGGUUACAACUCCUAUUCGAAAAGGAACAGGAAAUAAUGGGCCUAGUUUACAACUCGAGACCUCUCGGAAAGAAAUUGCCCGCUGAUAAUUUCUUCAUACAAACCGUUCUUGUCCCGCCAAAUAAAUAUCGCCCAGAAGCUCGACAGGGCGACGGAGCAAUUGCAGAGGCCCAGCAGAAUUCCCUUUACAAGCAGAUUCUUACAUCGUGCACGCGGAUUGCCCAAAUUCACAAGGAUAUCUCUCAACACGGGACUAACUCUGAUGCGGCAACUCGACGACGAGAUAUAUCCGACAUGCAUGAGGCCUGCGUUCAACUUCAGGAUAGCGUCAACUCCUUAAUUGAUCGAGAUAGGAAUCCUGUCCGCGGAGCUGCGGGAAAGAGAAAUGAAGAUGGUAUUAAGCAAAAACUAGAAAAGAAGGAGGGGCUUUUCAGAAAGAACAUGAUGGGAAAGCGUGUAAAUUAUGCUGCUCGAAGUGUUAUUUCCCCGGAUCCUAAUAUCGAGACUAGCGAGAUAGGAGUCCCUCCUGUCUUUGCUAAGAAGCUAACCUACCCGGAACCGGUCACGAGCCACAAUUUCAGAGAUAUGCAACAAGCUGUCAUCAAUGGUGUCGAUAAGUGGCCCGGCGCUGCAGCGAUCGAGAACGAAAACGGCCAGAUCAUUAAUCUAAAGAACAAAACGGUCGAGGACCGAGUUGCCCUCGCUAACCAGUUACUGGCCCCAUCGAGCCAAGAGUAUGCAGGAGUGAAGGGGAAGAAAGUCCAUCGCCAUCUCGGAAACGGUGAUGUUGUGUUGAUGAACCGUCAGCCGACUCUCCACAAGCCUUCGAUCAUGGGUCACCGAGCUAGAGUUCUACCCGGUGAAAAGACUAUUCGCAUGCACUACGCGAACUGCAACACGUAUAACGCAGAUUUCGAUGGUGAUGAGAUGAAUAUGCAUUUUCCGCAGAACGAGCUCGCAAGAGCGGAGGCCUUGAAGAUCGCCGAUACAGAUCACCAAUACCUCUCAGCAACCGCCGGGAAGCCUCUCCGUGGUCUAAUUCAAGAUCAUCUGUCCGUCUCAGUAGCCCUCUGCAGCAAGGAUAGCUUUUUCGAUAAAGGUGCCUAUCACCAACUCAUUUACAGCGCACUGCGACCAGAGAGCGGUCAUAUCGCAUCUGAGAGACUUGAGCUUGUACCACCGGCCAUCUUGAAACCGGCCAAGCGCUGGACUGGAAAGCAGGUUAUCACAACUGUGUUAAAGAACAUCAAACCAAUUGGGUGUGGUGAUCUUUGGCUCGCUGGGAAAUCGUCUGUAAAGUCCAAUGCUUGGGGUGUUUUUGUGGAGGAAGGCGAUGUUUUAAUUGACGACGGUGAAUUCAUCUCCGGCAUCCUGGACAAGUCGCAAUUAGGUCCUAGCUCCGGCGGCUUCAUACAUUCAGUUCACGAGAUCUGGGGCCCUGAAGUCGCGGCCAAGUUGCUGAGUUGCCUUGGUCGGCUGCUUACCCGGUAUCUCAACAUGUGCGCUUUCAGCUGUGGUAUGGAUGAUCUGCGGCUCACGCCCGAGGGCGAAAGGACUCGCAAGGACAAGCUAAAGAGUGCCAGUAGUAUUGGUCUUGAGGCUGCUGCAAGGUACGUGAGUUUAGAUAACCAGCCGGAUAUCACAGGCUCAGACCCCUUGUUGCUGGAGAGACUGGAGGAAGUCAUGCGUGACGAUAGCAAGCAAGAGGGUCUCGAUCAUGUUGUGAACGAGCGAUCUCGCAUACUGUCCGGCGAUGUUACGAGAGCCUGUCUCCCUCUUGGGCUCGAGAAGCAGUUCCCCAAGAACCAAAUGCAGUCUAUGACGACAUCCGGUGCCAAAGGAAGUGGUGUCAACGCCAAUCUAAUUUCUUGCAAUCUUGGUCAACAGGUUCUUGAAGGUAGGAGAGUACCAGUGAUGGUCAGUGGCAAAUCGUUACCUUGUUUUCGACCUUUCGAAACUAGUGUGCGAGCCGGUGGUUACAUCGUGAACCGUUUCUUGACUGGCAUCCGACCUCAAGAAUACUAUUUCCAUCACAUGGCUGGGCGAGAAGGUCUUAUCGAUACAGCUGUUAAGACAUCCCGAUCAGGUUAUCUACAAAGGUGUCUGAUCAAGGGUAUGGAGGGUCUGAAGGUGUCUUACGAUUCUUCAGUACGAGAUGCCGACGGGUCCAUGAUCCAAUUCCUGUACGGAGAAGACGGCAUAGACAUCACCAAACAGAUGUACUUGCAUGACUUUAGCUUUGUGCUUCGCAACCAGACAUCACAAGUCGAUCGACUAGGAAUAGCCGAAAGGGGAUGGGAUCAAGAGAUUUACGAGUCCAAAGAUUUUGCCCAGAAAUACCAGAAGAAGGCCGUCAAGCAAGCCAAGACGAGAAAUCCGAAAGGACUCGACCCCAUUCACACCGAACUUAACCCUAGCCGCCAUGCCUUUGCUACCUCGGAGAAGUUUUAUGAGAAGGUAACCGCAUACAUCAAGAAAAAUGCAGAUGGUUUGAUCAAGGAGAAGGGCCAAAAGAGCCAAAAUAACACCAGUGCUGUGCUGGUUCCUCGCAAGUAUGCGGAGAAGAUCUUCCAUUCUAAGUAUCUCAGCUCCCUGGUCGAGCCCGGUGAGGCUGUUGGCAUCGUCGCUGGGCAAUCCGUUGGUGAACCCUCAACCCAGAUGACAUUGAAUACUUUCCAUUUGGCUGGACAUUCUGCCAAGAACGUCACACUGGGUAUUCCCCGGUUAAGAGAAAUUCUUAUGACAGCGAGUAACCAUAUUUCUACUCCGUCCAUGACGCUACUGAUCAACGAUGAAUUAUCCGAAGCAGAUGGCGAGACGUUCGCGAAGGCGAUUAGUAUUCUACCUCUCUCGCACGUUCUCGACAAAGUGACGGUGAAGGAACGCGUUGGCAAGGGUGUCGGUUACCGCUUAGCCAAGAUGUUCGAUGUCUACCUCAAUUUCUUUUCGUCUGAAGAAUAUUGCAAGACAUAUGCGAUCGGUGUUUCCGACGUUCUUGACUCCUUGGAAACUAAGCUUCUGCCUAUGUUACAGAGAUUUAUCAGGAAGGAAAUCAAGGCCAAAACUGACAAAGAAGGUGGCGCAGUACCUGAGGUUGGUGUUAGAUCCGGGGUGGUGGAAAUGGCUUCGGCUAAUCCCGCUGCCGCGGCUGGCGAUGAUGAUGAUGACGAUGACGACGGUGGUGAUGAUGAUGCUACAAAUGCCAAGCAACGUGCAAAUCGGUCUCAGGCGGUCUCCUACGGCGCUAACGAUGAUGACGAUGAUGAGAUCCAGAAGCGAAUGGAGCGUGAGGCGUCCCCCGAAGAUAUCGAGGAGCCCGAAGACGAAGGGUUUGGUGGGAGUCCUCCACCUCCAAGCGAUGACGAGGAUGAAGAUAUGGAUGGCGGCAAAAAGGGCGCCUCCCGUGAGAUUCGUGUCAAGGAGAGGACCCCCGUGGUAUCUCGGUUUGAAUGCGAUGAGAGCAAGGGCGAGUGGUGCAAUUUCACACUCGAAUACGAUUCCAAUAUUCCCAAGCUCCUCAUGUUAAGCAUUGUACAAGACGCGGUUAAGAAGACACUGAUACAGCAAAUCGACGGCAUUCGCUCGUGUACAUUCGUGGCCAAGGAAAAAAUACACAACCCGCUGACCGGAGAGGAAGAAGAGAAGAAGGUAGUGCACACGACAGGUGUCAACCUCCGGGCUAUGCAUAAGUACGGCGAAUUCAUCAACCCUAACAGGAUCCAGACCAACGACAUAGCAUCCGUGUUGCAGAUAUACGGAGUCGAGGCGGCACGCAGCAGUAUCAUUCAAGAACUCAGUGGCGUCUUCAGCGGUCACGGCAUCAGUGUCGACAACCGCCAUCUUAACCUCAUCGGCGACUACAUGACGAGGAACGGAGGGUUCACUCCGUUCAACCGUAACGGCCUAAAGGGCAACGUCAGCCCUUUCACCAAGAUGAGUUUCGAGACCACGCUGUCCUUCUUGAAGGAUGCUGUCCUCGACGGCGACUGGGACGAUCUCAACACGCCGAGUAGUCGCAUCGUUAUUGGUCGCCUGGGCAAGAUAGGCACGGGAGCGUUCGAUGUUCUUACUAAGGCGCAUCCGAACAAUGGAAAAAAUUAUCUUGGUUGAGAGGACGGGAGGGGGUGAUCUGUGUUCUAACGCGGAUCCUUUUGAUAGGUUUACGGGAGUUUUCAAUAAUAGUUCGGAAGGUUUAAUGUACUCUUGUUUUUAUAUAACCAAUGGAAAAUACCAGAACUGUUCAUACAAA